AAAAUCACAUACACAAGAUCACCUAGCCAGAUCAUACGUGCAGAAGAGAACUCAUAAAAGAGAAUUCACCUGCUUUUAACAGCACCAACAUCAGAAUUCAGAUAGAUGCCAAUAACAUCAGCUACAAUAACAUGAUUUGGAAACUGAGCAUUUUAUUGGCCUUGGGAUGGAUUUUUGUAGAUGCGAAUAUUAAUUGGGAGGUACAGCGUUAUGAUGGAUGGUACAAUAAUCUGGCACAUCACAGUACCGGUUCACCAGGUUCUAAACUGUUACGAUAUAUCCCUGCAUUUUAUACUGAUGGAGUAUAUCAAGUACCAAAGGAACCAGAGUAUCCAAACCCACGUAGCAUUAGUAAUGCGGUGACAAAAGGAAAAUCAGCUCUUCCAUCUUCUAGGAACUUAACAGUUUUGGCCAUAUCUUUUGGCUACCACAUGCUUUCAGAAGUAGUGUUUACAGGGAAGCCAGCCUGCCCAGCUGAAUUCAUAAACAUUCAGAUUCCUGGUGGUGAUGAGGUUUUUGAUGGCAAGAAUACAAGCAAAGUGGUAAUACCUUUCCAAAGAAGUAAAUGGUAUCCAGACACAGGAAGAAGCCCCAAUAAUCCACGGGAACAUGUGAACUCUGUAACAGCGUGGAUUGAUGGCAGUGCCAUAUACGGUUCUUCUCACUCUUGGUGUGAUGCUUUAAGAGACUUCUCUGGGGGAAAACUGGCAUCAGGGCCUGAUGCAAAGUUUCCUAGAUAUGCAAAAAGUGAUUUACCAAUGAUAAAAGUACCAAAUCCUUCCACUGGUGAAACAGGCAAUAAUGGGUUAUAUGCUUUUGGCAAUGCUAUGGCCAAUGAAAGUCCAUUUCUUCAAGCUCUUGGCAUACUUUGGUUCAGAUACCACAAUUACAAGGCAAAAGAGUUUGCUCAAAAAAAUACAGAGUGGUCAGAUGAAGUGUUGUUUCAACAUGCCAGGAAAUGGGUGAUCGCUGUUUACCAGAAUAUUGUUUUUUAUGAAUGGUUGCCUACAUUUCUGUCAAGGAACGUGACCGCAUAUUCAGGUUACCAGCAGCAUGCGGAUCCAAGUAUCUCCCCAGUAUUUAUGGUUUUAUUAUCACAAAUAAUAAAUACCAUGAUGCCUUCAGGUUUUUACAUGAGAAAUAAAGACUGUGUUUUUCAAAAUGUGUCUGGAUCUAAUGAAAGUGUGUGGCCCGCUCUCCGACUGUGUAAUAACUACUGGAACAGAGAGAACCCGAACUUGAAGAAUUCAUCCAGUAUAGAUGAGCUCUUGAUGGGUAUGGCUUCUCAAAUAGCUGAAAAAGAAGACAAUGUUUUAGCAAAUGAUUUAACAGAUUUCUAUUAUGGUCAAAUAAAAUACUCCCGCACAGAUUUAUUUGCUGCUAGUAUCCAGCGUGCAAGAGACCUAGGCUUACCUAGUUAUAAUAAGAUUUGUGAAUACUACCAAUGUCCUCUUCUGCAUGACUGGGAGAAUAUGAAAGAUAAAGACCUUGGAAAAAAGCUUGCAUCACUAUAUGGAAAUAACAUUGGAAAACUGGAGUUUAUUCCAGGGCUCUUGUCAGAGAUGGAUGAGAAUCUAAGCAACUUUUCAUCCAACAUCAUUCUGGAACAAUUUUAUCGUUUAAGGGACGGGGAUCGAUUUUGGUUUGAGAAUGUUAAAAAUGAUUUAUUUACAGAGGAAGACAUAAAAAACAUUAGAAACAUAAAGCUCCAGGAUGUGCUCCUAGCAGUCACAAAUGCUGGUAAUUCUGUUCAACAAAAUGCCUUUAUCUGGAAAGAAGGUGAUCCGUGUCAACAACCCAAUCAAUUAAAUUCCUCGGUUUUAGAACUCUGUGUGGCUCUAACUGUUACAGACUACUUUGAGGGUUGUGCUGCUGGCUUUGGAAUUAGCAUUGCGGCUCUGUGCUGUUUGCCUCUAGUGAGUUUCCUAAUUGCUUGGCUGAUUGCAAGGUCACAGAAAAGAACAUUCAGAGCAUUCCAAAAAAAAAUUACUAACACUAAUAAAAAAUCUAUGCCAGGCUCAGAAGGUUUUCCAGCUUCUGAAUGGUGUGGCUAUAAAGAACCUAGUCAAGAUGUUAUAGUUCAGCUCCAUCCAAAUCAGAUACUCAAAGUUUUAGAUUACAGCAAGAAAAAGCCCAAAGUUGUCAACUUGCAUAAGCAUCCAAAUGUCAAAGUUGUCUUGUCAAACAGUGAUGGCAACAGAACAGCACUUAUUAAGAUCCCUAAGGAGUACGACUUAGUACUCCAAUUUAACAACCAAAGAGAUAGAGAUGUCUUUAUUGAAGAACUCAAAGCAUCUUUGGCAGGCAGCAGUAUAUCGCCCACUUUCUCCCAUAUGAAGGAAGCAGCCUUGCUAAAAGAAUCUUUUACUAAAAAGCAGAGACAACAGAUGCUGGAGACCUUUAUUCGAUAUUCUCUUUCCCAUGUAAUUGACAUCAAUAAGGAACAUGCAGGAACCAUGCAAAACCAGAACUUCAGAGAUGUACUUCAGUGUGAGCUUUCAAGAGAGGAAUUUGCUGAUUCUUUAGGGCUAAAUCCCAAUGCCCACUUUGUUGAAUCAAUGUUUUCCAUGGCUGACAAAGAUCAAAAUGGAUACUUGUCAUUUGAGGAGUUCUGUUUCAUACUGUGUUCAUUAAUAAAAGGUAGUGCAGAAGAUAAGCUUAAAUUCAUAUUUUCUAUGCACGAUGUCAAUGGAAAUGGAAUACUGCCAAAGGAAGAGUUUUCCAGAAUGCUUAGGUCUUUCAGCAAUGUAUCAAACUUCCUUUCAAAUGAGAAGAUGGAAAAUGUAAUUCAGAGUAUGUUUAAUGAGGCUGGCAUUCCAAAUAAACAAGAACUUGCCUGGGAAGAUUUCUACGGUUUGUUCAAGGAUCACAAGAAUAUUCUGAACCAAACAAAAUUAUAUCUCGAUGGAGUCAACAAGAAACCUAUUACAAAUACAGUCUCUAUUAACAGAAAUACAAACCAAAAUAAUUAUGGAAACAAUAUUUUUACCAUGGGCUCAGUAGAACAAACCCUUCGAAAGAGGACUGGAAAAAUGAACACAUCUCAGACACAACAGUCAAAUAUAUAUACUGUAGCAAGAAGAGAUAAAUAUGAAACAAGCAAGAUCCGCCAAAAAAUUCAACAGUAUAAGCGCCUAGUUGAAAAUUACAGACGUCAUAUUGUGUGUUUAGUUAUAUUCUUUGGUAUAUCAGCUGGUCUUUUUGUUGAAAGAGCUUACUAUUAUGGCUUUGCUUCUCCUGCAUCUGGUAUUGCUGAUUCCACAUAUAUUGGACUCAUAAUUUCAAGAGGUUCAGCUGCUAGCAUCUCAUUCAUGUUUUCUUACAUGCUUCUGACUAUGUGUCGAAACCUUAUAACCUUCCUCCGAGAGACCUUCUUAAACCGAUACAUACCAUUUGACGCUGCAGUAGACUUUCACCGUUUCAUAGCAGUAGCUGCCCUUGUUCUGUCAAUUCUCCAUACACUUGGCCAUUUAGUAAAUGUCUACAUCUUCACCGUUAUCCCCCUCAGUGUCCUCAGCUGCUUAUUUCCUACUGUAUUUGUUGAUGAUGGCUCUGACCAUCCACAAAAAUACUACUGGUGGUUUUUCGAAACUGUACCUGGUAUGACUGGAGUUCUGCUGUUGGCAGUCAUGGCUCUCAUGUAUGUGUUUUCCUGUUGCCAUUUUCGACGUGUCAGUUUCCGUUGUUUUUGGAUAACACAUCACCUUUACGUCGUCUUUUACAUUUUGACAAUAAUCCAUGGCAGUUUUGCUUUGAUCCAAACACCACGAUUUCAUAUAUUUUUCAUCGUCCCUGCACUCAUCUAUUCAGCAGACAAACUGAUAAGUUUGAGCAGGAAAAAAAUUCAUAUUGAUGUUCUGGAUGUAGAACGACUUCCUUCAGAUGUCAUUCAUCUCGAAUUUCAACGGCCAAAUGAUUUUGAUUACAAGUCUGGGCAGUGGGUAAGAAUUGCUUGCUUGGAUCUUGGCACAAAUGAGUACCACCCUUUCACAUUGACCUCUGCCCCUCAUGAAGAUACAUUAAGUUUACAUAUUAGAGCAGUGGGUCCAUGGACAACUAAACUGAGGGAGCUUUACUCUUCUAACAAAGAGGAAAAUAUUCCAUAUCCAAAGCUUUACCUGGAUGGACCAUUUGGAGAGGGGCAUCAAGAGUGGAACAAGUUUGAAGUAUCCGUGUUAGUAGGAGGAGGUAUUGGUGUUACUCCGUUUGCUUCAAUUCUAAAAGAUCUGGUCUUUAAAGCAUCUGUUAAUUCAAGGAUCCAUUGCAAAAAGGUUUAUUUCAUUUGGGUUACACGCACUCAGCAUCAAUUUGAGUGGUUAACAGAUAUCAUCAGGGAAGUGGAAAAAAAUGACCAACAAGACCUCCUCUCUGUCCACAUAUACAUAACGCAACUGCCUGAAAAGUUUGACUUCCGCACGACCAUGCUGUACAUCUGUGAACAACACUUCCAAAAAGUAAAAAACCACAGUCUGAUGACUGGUCUGCGCUCAGUUACUCAUUUCGGAAGACCCCCAUUUGCAGGUUUCCUCAGUUCUCUCCAGGAUGCCCAUCCUAAGGUCAAGAAAAUUGGAGUGUUUAGCUGCGGCCCCCCAGGCAUGACGAAAAAUGUGGAAAAUGCAUGUCGGAAGCUAAAUAAAAGGGACGAGUCUUAUUUUAUCCAUCAUUAUGAGAACUUUUAAACACCUGUAUACAAGAUUUUUUCAAGAAAAUGUACUUGGCUUUUUUUUUUGGAGAAAGACAGAAUCUGUAUGAGUUGGACUGAAAUGUCCUGUUUAUAAAUAGAAGUUUUGUUUGUUUACUAAAUUCCAACCAUUAAAAAAAAUGUUACAAACAUAAAAUAAUUUUUUGUGCAAUAUUUACACUUAAAUGUUAAAAAACCCUUUCAUAAAUGUUUGUAUGUGAUAAUGCAUAAAUAUAUGUUUGAUAAUACUGUUAUGUAAUGAUUUCUGUCUGCAUUAUAUUAAAAGCUGAAAAAUUGUAUAAUUUAUACUUGUUGAUAAAGUACAAUUAAAGGCAUCUUUAAAAAUGA